GUUGCAUGAUUCAUUUAUAGUCUUUCUCUCUUAGAUAAGUACAAAAUACAGCUUCAGUCAAAAAUUCUCUGUAAUACUUUGAGUAUCAAAAUUAGUCAGUUGCAUACUCAAUGAAUGUAGAUGUGCAAGUGGAUUAGAGAAUAACGUUUAGCAGGCAUUACAAAAAUUACCGUAAAUCAAGAUUCUAGUUUCUCAAGUUGUCGAUCCCAUCAUUCUCCCUUUGACUCAUAGUCGAUCAGUAUUUCUGAAGCAGCACCUCUGAUUGACUAAUUAAGGUUUAUGAUGGUUAUAAGUUCGUAUUUUGAAAUCUGCAAAACAUUUUCCUGGACAUCACAUGCCAUUCGCAGAACAUUGGCUUCGGCACCUGGACCUGUGGAGUCACGAAUUAACCUUCUGCUAUCUCGAAAAUUUGAGCCAACUUUUCUGAAAAUAUAUAAUGAAAGCCACCUACAUAGCAGGAAAUUAGGUUUGGAAACACAUUUCAGAGUGGUAAUUGUUUCUCCUCAUUUUAACACUCUUUCUGCCGUAAAAAGAGAACGUCUAGUUUUCAAGUCACUAGAGAAUGAACUGCAAUCUGGUGUACACGCUUUAUCCAUCAUAGUUAGUAAUUUUUUUCAUUAUUCAUUUCACUCAAGGCUAGGGGAGUUGGCGAACCUUUGGACGUGCAUAUUUCCCCACCGUGUCAGAAAUCUGCUUAAUGGGAAACUCUUCAUAGAGCUUAACAUAUCUGCUAAAGUGUAUCAACAACUUUAAAAGCUGAAAUGACUGUCCGUCAUAUUAUUGAUUUGUAGUUGGUAUCAUUGUUGCUGUAUAUAUUACAUUGAUUUCUUAUCAUAAAAUUUCACCUUAGUAAUUGUAUACACUUGAGUUUCACUAGUGAAAAAGUAUUAGUAAUUUUGUCGUAUCAUUGCUAGGAUUGUUGAACAGUUAAUGACUGCAUUCUUCAUAUUUCUUAGAUCUUCUGAUUCAUCUAUGGAAAGGAUAAAGAUAAUCUAAAUACACCGAAUUUUGUAAAUAAAUACUUAUCCUGAAAAUUAACUUGUUUCAGUAAGUAUUUUGUACGUUGAUGGGAUUAAGUACAACACCAAAGUAUCAAAUAUAAAUAAGGUUUCGAAAAGUAUCACAACUUUGCUCAGUCAUAUGGUUCAUUAUUAUACAAAUGUAUCUCAAGAAUAUCUCUUUCCCCUUGAUAAAAUGACUGCACAAAUCCUUGUAACAGAAAGUCAUUUACGUGUGUAGAGAGGAAAUUUUAAUGGAGACGUCCAAAAAAAUGGUUGCCAUCAUCUUCCCGUGUUGUCUACAUAUUCUUUCUUAGUGGUUAUUCUAAUGUUGAAUAAUUGACAGCUCAAAGACUGUUCGUCAC